AUGAAACAUGUGCCAGGAGCUUGGCAAUUGCUUUCAUUUUCAUUCUUUCAUAUUCCCUUCCUUUCUCCUUAUAGUUAUAUUGGUAGCUAUAACGAUCUGGUCAAGGCUGUGGAAAAGUAUGGAGACCCAAUAACUAAAACAUUCAGAUUGACCACUUCUAAAUCAAAUUCUGUUUGGAUUAGUGAUCCAAAAUUAUUGAAAGAAUACUUCAUUGCAAAGGCUCACAAUUUCGAAAAGCCAAAUUACAAUGUGGCAGCCUUCUUUGGGGAAAAUAUUCUAUCAGCACAAAACAAUGAAAGUUGGAAGAAACACUUUAAAGUUUGUAAUCCAGCAUUUGGUCCAAAAAAUCUCAAAUAUCUCUGUAAGGUUGCAGUAGAGUCUUGUAAUUCAAUGUUUGAGAUGUGGGAUAGGAGAUGCGAUGGUACAAACAAUUGCAUUCUCGAACAUGAUGACUACCCAAAUUUGAGUUUGCAAAUUUUGGGCUUGGCAGGUUUAAAUAUUGACUUUGGUAUCUAUGCGGAGGAAGCAGAGG